CGUGACCGCAGGAAGAAGCCUGUGAUGCUGUUUGUCCACGGAGGCUCCUACAUGGAGGGCUCGGGGAACAUGUUCGACGCCAGCGUCCUCUCUGCCUACGGCAACGUCAUCGUGGUUACCAUGAACUACCGUCUGGGCGUGCUCGGGUUCCUGAGCACAGGGGACCAGUCCGCCAAGGGGAACUAUGGCCUGCUGGACCAGAUCCAGGCGCUACGCUGGCUCAAUGAGAACAUUGGGCACUUCGGGGGCGACCCAGAGAGGAUCACCAUCUUCGGCUCUGGAGCUGGAGCGUCCUGCGUCAACCUGCUCAUCCUCUCCCACCACUCAGAGGGCCUCUUCCAGCGGGCCAUAGCCCAGAGCGGCUCCGCCAUCUCCAGCUGGUCGGUCAACUACCGGCCCCUCAUGUACACCAAGAUCCUGGCCCGCAAAGUGGCCUGCAGCUACGACGACACCACCGAGCUGGUGGAGUGCCUGCGGAGGAAGAGCUUCCGGGAGCUGGUGGACCAGGACAUCCAGCCGGCACGCUACCACAUCGCCUUUGGGCCCGUGGUGGACGGGGAUGUGGUGCCGGACGACCCGGAGAUCCUCAUGCAGCAGGGGGAGUUCCUGAACUAUGACAUCCUGCUGGGCGUGAACCAGGGGGAGGGGCUUAAGUUUGUGGACGACAGCGAAGGGGAGGAUGGGAUCUCGGCGGCGUCAUUUGACUACACCAUCUCUAACUUCGUGGACAACCUGUACGGCUACCCUGACGGUAAGGACAUCCUGAGGGAGACCAUCAAGUUCAUGUACACGGACUGGGCGGACCGCGACAAUGCCGACAUGCGCAGGAAGACGCUCCUCGCGCUGUUCACCGACCACCAGUGGGUGGCGCCGGCGGUGGCCACGGCCAAGCUGCACGCCGAGUUCCAGUCGCCCGUCUACUUCUACACCUUCCACCACCACUGCCAGACAGAGACGCGGCCCGAGUGGGCGGACGCGGCACACGGCGACGAGAUCCCCUACGUGUUUGGCGUGCCGAUGAUCGGAGCCACCGAGCUGUUCCCCUGCAACUUCUCCAAGAACGACGUGAUGCUCAGCGCCGUGGUGAUGACCUACUGGACCAACUUCGCCAAGAGCGGGGACCCUAACCUACCGGUCCCCCAGGACACUAAGUUCAUCCACACCAAACCCAACCGCUUCGAGGAGGUCAUCUGGACCAAGUUCAGCUCCAAGGACAAGCAGUACCUCCACAUCGGCCUGAAGCCUCGCGUCCGCGACAACUACCGUGCCAACAAGGUGGCCUUCUGGCUGGAGCUGGUUCCUCACCUGCACUCCCUCCACGAGGAGAUCAGGGGCACCAUCACCACCCGCCUGCCCCCAGGGGGCUCCAGGGGCCCCCCCAGGAAGGGCCCGCCCUCGGGGACGCGCUCUACCCGCCACCCCAUCGUAGCCACCUAUCCUCCCGACCCGGAGCCGUACGGCUCGGAGCGCCCUCGCAUCCCGCCCUUCCCCGGGGAGAUUCCGCGGGACUACUCGACGGAGCUGAGCGUGACGGUGGCGGUGGGCGCCUCGCUGCUGUUCCUCAACGUCUUGGCCUUCGCCGCGCUCUACUACAAGCGGGACAAACGCCACGAGCUUCUCCAGAGACGCCACCGGCGCUUGUCCCCCCAGCGAGGCACCGCCAUGGGCAUGGGCAUGGGCGUGGGCGUGGUGGGGGGCCCGCCCCACAACGACCUGGCCCUGAGCCAGGAGGAGGAGCUCAUGUCCCUGCAGAUGAAGCAGCAAAGGGCGGAGCUGGAGCACGGCACGCCCCUCCCCCCCCGCGGUCUCCACGGCGACCUGGAGCCCAUGCGCCCGCCCGUGUGCCCGCCUGAUUACACGCUGGCGCUGCGCCGGGCGCCCGAGGACGUGCCCCUGAUGACGGCCAACACCAUCACCAUGAUCCCCAGCACCAUCUGCGGCAUGCAGCCCCUCCACCCCUUCAACACCUACCCCCCCGCCCCGGCCCCCUCCACCACCCCCACCCCAGGUCACAGCAACAACGCCCUGCCGCACCAGCACUCCACCACACGGGUAUAGGACCAGGCACAAUCUGGGGCCCACUGCGGUGACACCAAAUCACAAACUGACCCUCUCCUCCCUUGCCCUUUCCGUCCUCUCCUUCCUCCUCCUCCCUGUUUCUCCCUUUCUGGGACCACCCUCCCUCUCUCUCUGUCUCUCUCUCUCUCCAGCCUCCCUGUCCUGUCUGUGGGGCUGGGUUCCCUCCUGUAGAGAUCCAUGGCUCAGCCUAACACGGCCUGUCAGCUGGGACAAAGACUCCCCAUGGAAACACACGCACCCCCCAUCCCUUUCCCACGUGUCCCAACGAUCAGUUUGUUUCUCUGUCCUCCUCCCAUCACAUUGUCUCGUUCCUUCCAUCUCUGUCUCUCUCUCUCUCCCUCUUUCUCUCCAUCGCUCGCCCGUGUCUCUGUGUCUCCUCUCUCCGCCUCCCACACAUUUUUCUCUCAUCAUCUGUUCUCGUUUUUUCUCCUUCACAACGUCGACACGAUCCCUUCUUUCUCACCUCGGUCUGCUUUCUCUUGCGAAGCCCCCCCCCUUUCAGGACUCCAUGUUUUCCUCGCUGGAGUCUUUUAUACGAGACGCGUUCGUGUAAAUGAUGUAUUAUUGAUAAAUUGUAAGGACAUGAAUGAGAAAAAAAAGGUGAUAUUCUGAUAUCGUUUUUACCAGCAUUCUUGGUGCCAAGUACUGUGACACCCUCUCCCUGGGGUUUGUGUUGGCCUUCUUAAGAGAGCCAACCAGACUGUAUCUCACACAAGGAAUUACCAUCAUAAAAAAAGUGCCAAACCUUUCAUCUCUUCUUUGAUC